UCGCACAUAACAAACCAACCCAUCUAUAUCUCAGUUAUUGUAAUAAAAUCGACUUAGAACUACGUUCUUUUGUUAUUACAAUGCCCAUUGUAAUAUAAUUAAUUGUAAAAUAAUUAAUUGUUAUAUAAUUAACUGUGUAUAAUUUUGUAUUAUAAAUAAAUAUUCAGUCAUUAUUUUUGUGUCAAAAUGUUCUCUCUAUGUUUAAAAAGUGGAUUAAAUAAUAGAUUAGGAAAUCGGUUCAAAGCUGUAACCCAAUCAAGGAAUUUCACAGUGAAAGGAUUCGACUUGAAAAGUUCGGGUGUUGAUAAGCGUACAUUGGCGAAUGCUGAACGAAGGCAGAAAACCUUCACUGAUAGAUCCCAGCUCAAGUUCGCAAGGAGGCUCGUUGUGAAGCUUGGUAGUGCUGUCAUCACCAGGGAGGAUGGAAACGGGCUCGCGUUGGGUCGACUUGCAUCCAUCGUUGAACAGGUCGCCGAGUGCCAUCAUGAAGGACGAGAAUGUAUCAUGGUGACCAGUGGAGCUGUCGCUUUCGGCAGACAGAAAUUGACCCAGGAGCUGCUGAUGUCAUUGUCGAUGAGGGAGACUCUAUCCCCGAGCGAUCAUACUAGAGAGGAUGCUGGCAGCAUCUUAGACCCAAGAGCGGCGGCUGCAGUGGGCCAGUCCGAGCUGAUGUCAAUGUACGACGCCAUGUUUUCACAGUACAACGUUAAAAUUGCACAGGUACUAGUAACUAAACCUGACUUCUACAACGAAGAAACCAGGAAGAAUUUGUUCUGUACGUUAUCAGAGUUGAUAUCGUUGAAUAUCGUGCCAAUUGUGAAUACAAACGACGCUGUAAGCCCGCCGAUGUACAUACACGAUGAUACCGUGGUGCCUGGAACUGGGAAAAAGGGUAUUGGUAUAAAGGACAACGACAGUCUCUCGGCAUUGCUAGCUGCAGAGAUUCAGUCAGAUUUGCUUAUUAUGAUGUCAGAUGUCGAUGGUAUCUACAAUAAGCCACCAUGGGAAGAUGGUGCCAGAAUGAUGCAUACCUACACCUCUAAGGAACAAGUCCAGUUUGGACAGAAAUCUAAGGUUGGCACAGGAGGAAUGGAUUCCAAAGUAAAUGCAGCUACUUGGGCUAUGGCUCGAGGUGUAAGUGUUGUUAUUUGUAAUGGUAUGCAAGAAAAAGCAAUCAAGACCAUUAUCAGUGGUAGAAAAGUUGGAACAUUCUUUACCGAUCAUGUAACUAGCUCAUCUACAUCUGUAGAUAUUAUGGCAGAAAAUGCACGUGUGGGAAGUCGUGCUCUUCAACGGCUAUCACCAACGGAAAGGGCUUCAGCCAUUCUCUCUUUAGCUGACUUGUUAGUAAACAAGAAGGAUGUCAUUUUGGAAGCAAAUUCAAAAGACCUUGAGGUAGCAACCAGGGAUGGUCUCGCUAAGCCUCUACUGAAUAGAUUAGCUCUAAGUGAAGGAAAACUGAAGACUUUGUCCAUAGGAUUAAAACAAAUUGCUGACUCUAGUUACGAGAACGUAGGACGAGUUUUAAGAAAGACUAGAUUGGCUGAGAAUUUAACGCUACAACAAGUAACGGUUCCUAUUGGAGUAUUGUUAGUUAUAUUUGAAUCUAGGCCUGAUUCAUUGCCACAAGUAGCUGCUCUUGCUAUGGCAUCGGCUAAUGGACUCCUUCUAAAAGGUGGUAAAGAAGCUGCUCAUUCAAACAAAGCACUUAUGGAUUUAGUGAAGGAAUCUCUUAGUUCAGUUGGUGCUGAUGAUGCUAUAUCUCUAGUCUCGACUAGGGAGGAAAUUAGUGACUUGUUGGCAAUGGAGAAACAUAUAGAUUUGAUUAUUCCACGUGGAUCUUCUGAUCUUGUAAGGAAUAUUCAGAAACAGUCUCAGCACAUUCCCGUGCUUGGUCAUGCUGAAGGCAUUUGCCAUGUGUACUUAGACAGAGAUGCGGAUCCCGCUAAGGCAUUGAAGAUUGUUCGUGAUGCCAAAUGUGACUAUCCAGCUGCUUGUAAUGCAAUGGAAACAUUGCUUAUUCACGAAGAUCACCUUAAUAGCUCUCUAUUUACUGAUAUAUGCACUAUGCUUAGAAAUGAAGGUGUAAUAGUACAUGCAGGUCCAAAAUUAUCCAGCCAGUUAACUUUCGGACCACCACCAGCAAAAUCCAUGCGUCACGAAUAUGGUGCACUGGAAUGCAGUAUUGAAGUCGUUAAAGAUUUGAAUGAAGCCGUUGACCAUAUCCACAAGUUUGGAAGUUCGCAUACUGAUGUAAUCAUUACAGAAAACGAAAGCACGGCAAAACAGUUUUUGAGCUCCGUGGACAGCGCGUGUGUAUUCCACAACGUUUCGUCACGCUUCGCUGACGGUUUCCGCUUCGGCCUCGGUGCUGAAGUCGGCAUUUCUACGGCCAGGAUUCAUGCUAGAGGACCCGUUGGUGUCGAAGGUCUCCUUACUACUAAAUGGAUAUUGGAAGGCACCGACCACACAGCGGCUGAAUUCAACGAAGGCAGAAGGACGUGGCUUCACGAAAAAUUGCCUGUAAAUUGACUAUGUAUUAAACAACGUAUAGGAUUAUGGAGUAAAUUGAAAAAUAUUUUUAUAAGAAAUCAUUGAUAUAAUGUUAAAUACAUUUCUAUUGCCGAUGAAUAUUUUCAAAAAUGUUCAAUAAACAACUUUAUAAUUAAAUAUUAUAUAUAUGUAUAAUUGUACCUAUACAUACGAUUGGUUUAUUUAUUGUUUUGUAACAAUUUAAUUAUAUCUAUGUUGAAUUAAUAA